AAUAUGGAUAUUCUAACCGUUUUUUGUUUUUAAAGAAAAACUCAUUUUCUUCUUCCAACAGCUUCCUCCAUUCACCUUCACUGCCGCCAGAGAACAUAAUGGUUAAAGGAUUUUACAAACGAGUUCUUCCCUCGCCUCCUGCGGUUGAUUUCGUUUCCAGCAAUGGCAAGAAACUUUUCCUUGAAGCAUUUCAAAAUGGAACUAUGCAAGGCUUCAAUAGUUUGAUUUCCUAUUUCCAAACACAAAGUGAGCUUACUUAUUGUGGUCUCGCUAGUCUAUCGAUGGUCUUGAAUGCUCUUGCCAUCGACCCUGGAAGAAAAUGGAAAGGACCUUGGAGAUGGUUUGAUGAAUCAAUGUUAGAUUCUUGUGUACCUUUGGAAAAGGUAAAAGCUAACGGCAUCUCAUUUGAGAAACUAGUAUCAAUAGCUCAUUGUGCUGGAGCAAAAGCUGAACCCUUUCGUGCAAGCCAUAGCACUAUCGAUGAUUUUCGCAAAUACGUCACCAAAUGUUCAACUUCUGAUGAAUGUCAUGUAAUCGUAUCAUACUACAGAGCUGCUCUGAAACAAACUGGAGCUGGGCACUAUUCUCCUAUCGGAGGCUAUCAUGUUGGCAGGGACAUGGUACUUAUUUUGGAUGUUGCGCGGUUUAAGUAUCCUCCCCAUUGGGUUCCACUUGCACUUCUUUGGGAAGGCAUGAACUGUAUUGUUGAAUCCACUGGACAAACAAGGGGGUUCUUGCUUAUAUCAAGGCCUCACACCAAACUGGACAUGCUUAAUUUUCUGGAUUCAAAUUCUUAACGGAUGAUGUUUCUCUUCUAUUACAAUCAGAAGAUGUAAAAGAAUUCAUUAUGGUUGUUUCAGCCACACCACUUCUAUCUAAUUUUGAGGAAUUCAUCAAGUGAUUGAAAGAUGAAGAAACAAGACGGCAGGGUUGAAGUAUUAGCACAAGGAGAAAGCAGGGCUUGUUAUUAAGAUUUGGGAUACUCACCUGAUGAUAUUUUUAUACGAAAAUAGCAUUAUAGAUUAUUAGAUGGUUUGAUAUGUUUGAUCAAAUAUGUUUGAUUAACUAUCUAAAAGUUUAUAAUGUCAUCUUCGUAUAAAGAUAUCAUUAUAGGAGUAUCCAUUUUGAGUAUUUUUUUUAAGAGGUAGAAAAACUCUUGUGUUAAUAGUA